AUGCCGUGGACGCUGCUCUCGGUGCUGCUGCUGGGAUGGACAUGGAGCCUCCACGCUGUCCCGAUGCCCACGGAGCCACUGUACCCCACACAGGAACAUUUCGAUCUCACUCAGUUUUUGGGGACCUGGUAUGAUUUGGCUGUCGCUACAAAGUGCACCCAUUCGCAGCACCGCAGAGGGGACGCAGCCAUCGGCAAACUGGUCCUCCAAAGAGGGGCCGGACAGACCCUCAAGAUGACACGCACUAUGCUCAAGCAAAACCUCUGUCUGCAGAUAACUGGGGAAUAUGAGCUGGCAUCAACUCCAGGGAGAUUUUUCUAUCAUGUUGCAAAGUGGAACGCUGACGUGGAUGCAUAUGUUGUCCACACAAACUAUAAUGAAUAUGCUAUUUUCAUUAUGAACAAGAAGAAACCAACAGGCGACAGUGUCUCAGUGAAGCUUUACGGUCGUUCUAAAGACAUAAGGCCCACCAUUUUGGAAGACUUCAAGACACUGGCCAGACAACAAGGAAUAAGCAACGAGUUUAUCACAAUCAAACAAAACAAAGGGGACUGUAUCCCUGGAGAGCAAGUGCCGGCUCCAUCCACUCAACCAGAGACUCCGAGAGUUCGGAGGUCUGUGGUCCCUACUUUUGCUCACCUUGACACUGAAGGCUCUGGUGGAGACGAUGAUACUCCUCUCUUCAAUGGAACGGUAGCUUGUAAGGCAGCUCCGGACACUGGCCCCUGUUUUGGAAUGAAUCAGCGUUUCUUCUACAACGCCUCGUCCAUGACCUGUCAGAUGUUCAAGUAUGGAGGUUGUUUGGGAAAUCAGAACAACUUUGAGAAUGAGAGAGACUGCCUGCAGAGAUGUCGCACUGAGGCUGUGUGCCGUCUCCCCCUGGUGGCUGAGCCCUGCAUUGCAAAGUCCUCCACCUGGGCCUUUGACUCCACGGUUGGUUUGUGUGUCCCUUACAAAAUAGGCUUCUGUCAAACCAAUGGAAACAAGUUCUACAGUAAAGCUGAGUGUGAAGAGUACUGUGGGGUAGUCAAAGAUGAUGGAGACUUUCUGAAAGAAAACUGA